UUCUUUUUUUUUUUUUUUUUCUUCCCUGGGAGAAGAGAUUGGCCAAUUGACACUAUGCAGCAAUCAGGAAAGACUCACUUUUGAUCUCGCUGCUUGUGGAGAGGAUGAAACGGCUCCUGCCAUUGGUUAACCGCUGACAGUAAUUUAAUUAGAUAGACAUUAAUUAGGAUAAUCACCUGGCUCCCGGUCGCGACGAUCAUGGCAAAUUGAAGGAGAUGAUUUUAUUGUGAGAUAGAAGGAUGGCGAAGGGGGAAGGGAAGAGCGUGUUUGCUGUGAGAGCUCGUUAUUCCGUGACCUUUCCCGCAUUUAUGCGCUUUUUCGACCGCGGCUGGAACGCAGCCCCGCGGCCCCGCGCUGCCCCAACGCCGCGCGCCCCCGCCCCUCCUGCGGGGGCGGCCGCCGGGCCCCGGGGCUCGGCCCCAACUCGGGGAAUAGCGAGAACCGCGCAGCCCGGCUGCCCCGAGGCGUCCGCCGCGCGUUCACGGCGCUUUGGACCCCAGGGAUGCCUCCCACCACCUCUCUUCCCGGUUGACAUCAGCUUCCAAUUCCACUCCCGGCUAACGCAACCGGGGCCGCCCCGCUGCCAGACGCACACCGGCUGCAACUUCGCGCGCUCAGCCCGGGGUGUGCCGGCAGCACCGUGACCCAUUACAGGGCAGGUUCAGACUCCCACCUCUCGCAGCCGUUUGGGAGUCGCUCAGCAGCUCAUCCCAGCGGUUGGUGUGUCAGAGGAGCUAUUCUGCACGCUCUGGGUGGAAAUUAUUCGAACAAAAUCAAGCACGAAGCAAAAAGCAGUUGUUUGCUCACAGUCUGGCUGCAUGGCGUAGGCAACUUUCUGUACUCUGCCUUCCCCAUUUGGUGCUUUAUCGCUCUCAGACCUAAUUCUGCCCCUGACCCGUCUCACCCAUGCGCCCGCCUCUGCAUUUCUCUGCUCAACCCCAGUGCAAAGGGACCGGGGUUGGAUACACAGGCAGGAGCUAUGUCGAAACACAGCUCGACCCCGGGAAAUGCGGCCUUGAAUUGUGUCGCUACCCCCAUACGCAUGCAGAGCUGCAAUGAAUUCAGUGGUGUACUGCCAAUCACAUGGAAGUGUUAAUGUAUGCCAAAAAUCCUCAGUGCACAACUCCUAAACUGGUAUAAUGGGGAGAGAUGCAAUGGCAGGUGGUGCUCCAGAACCGUCACAGACAGGAGGAGAGGUUCACUGAUACAGGUGACGAGGGGUCAGGCUGCUAAUGAAGGGCUGCGGCUGCAGGCUCUGAAGGCAGCUGCUCGCAGACCUCUUCCUCUGGGCUGGGGACGGGCGGCUGCCUUUCAGGUUACUGCACGCACACACGCACUCCUCCAAAUCCUCUGUGUAGCUUCUGAAGCACUGGACAAAAACGAGGAGAGAUGCCCCGAAAAACAGCUUUUUGAUUAUUCAUGAAACAUCUCAGUAAAUGGAAAAUCAUGCCCCUGCAAGUGAAACCAGGGACUGGAUGGAAAGAAGGGUAUUGCAGCACAAGCUCACGCUACAGGGGAUCUGCAUCUCCAAGACUCUCUUCAGCCACCCUCUAUAAGACGUACAUUUGUCAAAAUAAAUUUAGAAUGUGCACAAAUUACAGGUUUAGCUGCCUGCCUGCCCUGGCCUUGCAUGCAUGUUACGUGGAGCACUGCAGGAGCUCCCCCCAUUCUGCAGCACAUUACCCCGACCCCCGGUAGCCCUGUCCCUCCCUGUGCAGUGGGGGGCACACAUGAGACAAGGGCACGGCCCAUAUAAGCCUUCCCCAAGGGAUGGCCAGAAAGCACUUUUACUGAUCUUAACCACAGGCAAACGUGGUUUGCUGUCUCUCCAUUUUCUGCUGCCUACUGUGGGGGCAGAGGGAAGGCCAUAAGGAGGGCAGCUGCAAAAAUCUACAUGUUUCCCUCUGAAGUAAAUGCAUGCUAAAUAUACUUGGAGAGAGAGCUACUUGAAAAUAGUUAAAGGCCUAAAUAAGAAAACAGAAGAAUGUUUGAAUGGUAAUGAACAAAUAAAUAGAAAAUUCUUCGGCACCAUGUGGGAAAUCAGACAUGAUUUUAGGGUCUAUUUGUUUACAUGUAAAUAGUCAAAUCACUUAAAAAACAAAACAAAAAGAUGUAUCUACGAGAUUUUAAAUACUCAUCUGCUACAGUUUGUAAAAAAUUCCAGCAGUUAAAACAUUGUGAAUGAGUGACACAGAAAGAGAACCCUUCCACCAGACAAAAGGCUCCAAGCAGCCUAAUCACCUCCAACACCUAAAAUCCAGCCAACCCCCCCCACCCCCAGCCCCUACCCAAACCCAGAGGCACCCCCUAAGCCCGGUAUUUGGCUUUGCCUGCCUUAAAACCAAGCAGCCAAACCCAGCCGCCGUGCGGGAAGCGUUUCCCUCUCCAGUCUGUGGAAAGGGUUUCAAAUGUCAUAUUCCACUUGGGACUCUUUCCUUAUAUUUAUACAUACGGGCACCUCACGCACCUCCUCUUUUACAGGAGGAAAGGUUUCUAUAACCUCAGAGCAGCCUCUGCCACUUUAGCAUUUAUUCUCAGAAUACUGCUAUUUAUGACACCGCUGGUGAGCGUUGUGUGAAUCAGUUAUCAGCAUAACUGAAUGCAUUUUCUUAAGGUCAGUUAUCUUCUGUGGAUAUUACAGUUUGAGUACUAUCGAAAGGGAGCGGUUAGCAUAAUUUUCAGCGUUUUGGUUUUUGUAGAGCUUUGGAAUUCAGUGCUAAUACCUUUUUUUUUUUUUUUUUUUUUUUUUUUUCAAUCUCAAAAAGAAUAUUUGGCAAUCAAUGGGAGCCAAGUUUCAUUAGAGAAUUUUUUGCUGUCCUAGCAACUACUAUCUCAGUAGUGCGGCAGUGGGUAGAAUUGUGUUUCACCGGCACUUUUCCUACAUCAUUCAUUCCCCCCACUCUUUCACAAAGAAGAUCUUCCAGAACUUAAGACAGGCUUGUAAAUGUAUUUUUAUUAUGUUGCAACAAUCAAAAUAUAUAUGUACUACUGAUUUUUUUUCCCCCAAAUAUUAAAUGAAAAUUUAAUACACUUUUGCCCGCAUUGUGUUCUUAAAUUGCUUUGGAAUCUGUAAAGACCCUGAUGUAAGGAAACCGAA